AUGGAACACCCGAAGAACAACCAGUUGUUCAAAAUAGAAAGCUCAGGUCUCGAAUCUACGCAGCACAAUCAAAUUUUUUUCAGAGUGCUUCAAAAAGCAUAUAAGGUAGGAAAAGAUGGAAUUGAAGCAGGAACAAAUUUAGUGCCUGAUUCUAUACCAAGACCAAUUGCUAGGAUAUCUGUGGGUGUAAUUGGAGCAGCUGUUGUACUCUUUCUGCUCAAGUCAUUCUUGUCCACAGCUUUCUUUUUUCUGACGACAAUGGGAUUGAUUUACUUUGUGUUUAUCGCGUUGAACAAAGAUGAGGGCCCCACAGGUGGCGGCGGAAGCACCACCACCACUUCAACAGAAGAAAGCCUUGAAGAAGCAAGGAGAAUCAUGGAGAAGUACAAAUAAAUACAUCAAUAUUCAUUAGUAAAUUUUGUAAAUCCAUGAACCCAUUUAUAUUUUGGAUUUAUACAAAUCUUUUGAAGUUGUCACAAAAAUGAUUGGUUCUACUUUAUUUGGUCAA